AUGGCUGUCCUGACUAUGGUAAUGAGUGCCGUCUUGUCCACAUUCGGAUACGUUGCGUGUAGAAGUUUGAUUACGGAAUAUAUUCCGAUAUUUAUUCAACGAAGAAUGUACGGGAACGACCAGUGUAAGGUAAAUAGCGACGAUCCUGUACCAGAGCCAAUGGGUGUGAUCUGUGCGGCUGUUUAUCUAAUAGUUAUGUUUCUGUUCAUACCUUUUCCCUUUGUAGAAUGGAUAGGCUCUGAGGUUACAUUUCCAUAUUCAAAAUUCCUCGCCUUCUUGUCUGGUCUGAUUUCCAUUUGUAUGGCGAUUUUGUUGGGAUUUGCUGAUGAUGUCUUGGAUUUGAGAUGGCGGCAUAAACUGAUAUUCCCAACUCUCUCGUCAUUGCCCAUUCUUAUGGUUUACUAUGUCUCAGGUAGUUCAACGACAAUCGUCAUCCCAUCUGUAGUGCGAACGUUGUUGUCAUCAGUUGUACCUUCAUUUGUUGUUUCAACUAUACCUGCUUCGGUUGAUAUCCACAUACUCUAUUAUGUAUUCAUGUGCUUGGUUGUUGUUUUUUGCACGAACGCCAUUAAUAUUUUAGCUGGUGUAAAUGGACUUGAAAGUGGACAAGCUCUCGUUGUGGCUUUUAGUGUGGUAGUUUUCAACAUUGUUCAGGUCGGUCGUGUAGAGGAAUGUUGGGAUCAUCAGUUGUCACUCUUCUUUCUUAUUCCUUUUCUUGCCUGUACAUUUGCGCUUUAUCAAUUUAACAAGUAUCCUGCUCGUGUGUUCGUCGGUGAUACAUUCUGUUAUUGGGCAGGAAUGACUCUUGCAGUCGUAUCAAUACUAGGACAUUUCAGCAAAACAAUGAUCCUUUUCCUCAUUCCACAGGUGCUUAAUUUUCUCUACUCUAUUCCUCAACUGUUCAAACUAGUGCCAUGUCCAAGACACCGCCUUCCUUGCUUUGACGAGAAAACAGAUACGGUUUCUAUGAGCAAGGUAAAAUUCAAGAACUCCGAUCUGAAACCAUUGGGAGGGCUAAUUCUUAGGCUGCUUUCCGCUUGUGGUUUACUGCAUUGCAAAAAAUUCGUAUUUUCCUUCAAUUGUUACCUUAUUCUUAUAUGGCAAGAAAUCAAUAACUUAACUGUUAUAAACCUAGUGCUGAAGUUCACUGAACCACUACAUGAGAAAACCCUUACCAAUAUCCUUCUGUCUAUUCAAAUCGUUUGUUCUGUGUUCGCAUUCUUCAUUAGGUUCUAUUUGGCCUCAUGUCUAUAUGAUGUUGUAAAUUAA